UAACGCUACAUCCGCUGUAACAUGUGUUUCCGGGUCGGGGUGAGCGCACGCGGCUCGUGAGGAUACCGGCCUUGAAAACCCUCAAAAAUAAAACCUGAAAGAUUCCCGACUCUCCCCUUUCUCCCCAGGAAUGGGCGAGUUCCUUCUCCAUCGGGUCCGCUUCUUCCAGUUUGUUCCGAGUGGGAUCCUGGCUCUGGCCCAGUCUAGGCACGGGGAGCGCCUGGCGUUAGCGCGGGGAGACGGCAGCCUGGAGAUCAUCCGCUUCAGCUGGAACCACUGCCAGGAAAAGGUGAUUGCCGGGAAUGACAGUCGGUCCAUUGAAGCAAUCAGCUGGAUUGGUGAUGAUCGACUUCUGAGUGUUGGAUUGAAUGGCGAAAUCAUUGAGUUUGACUUACAGAGACUAUGUCCGAAGUACAGGCUGGAUGCUUUUGGAGGCCCCCUUUGGUGCAUGAGCUGUAACUGUGAGGAGACUCACCUAGCGGUUGGAUGUGAAGAUGGCUCGGUCAAAUUGUUUGAGAUUCUUCCAGAAAAACUUCAGUUUGAGAGAAAUCUGGAUCGUCAGAAAGGUCGUGUACUUUCUUUGGCUUGGCACAAGUCAGGUACGAUGAUUGCGACAGGAUCGCUCGAUGUUAUCAGAGUUUUUGAUGUGAAGUCUGGUCGCUGCACCCGUCGUAUUUUUGUGGAUCGUGGUGAUACAGUUUCGCGCAAUCUAGAAUGUGUGGUAUGGAGUCUCUGUUUUCUCAGCAAUUAUUCUAUUGUGAGUGCUGAUUCAGCAGGGAAAGUGCAGUUCUGGGAUUGGAAGACAGGAACUCUGCUGAAAACGCACCCAGUCACUAAAUGUGAUGUGUUGACACUUUCAGUGAACAAGGCUGAAGACAGCAUUGUUGCUGGAACCUCUGAGGGAACUGUGGUCCAAUUUCAGCUGAUUGCACUAAAGUCAGGAGUUGCUGAUACUCAGUGGGUUCGUACGAAGACUUUUAAACAUCAUUCCCAUGAUGUGCGGGCUGUUAUUCAUACCAAGUCUGCUCUUGUCUCGGGUGGUUUGGAUGCCCAGCUUGUCAUUCGUCCCCUGAUGGAGCGUGUGGAAACCAAGUCAUACGAAGCUGCUCUCCGCAAAAUCCUCUUCCCACAUCGAAACCUAGUUUGUUGCAGCCGGAAGGCGAACCUACUCCUUUUUCAGUUCCCAGACCAGCUCGAGUUGUGGCGAUUGGGUAGCCCAGGAGGUUCAGGGAUUCCUGGAGAUAUCCUUCCAAUUAGCAAAAAGCCAGAGAAGUUGCUGCAAUUAAAAAACAAGGGUUGUGAUCACAUACGGUGCUGUGCACUCUCUCCUUGUGGAACCUGGAUUGCUUUCUCAAACAUUUACAGAGUCCGUCUCUAUCGAAUACAGUAUGAAAAUGACAGUGUCACAAUUCAUGCGGCUUCACAGUUUUUGAAGGCACAGGAGCCAGCUCAUCGGUUGCUGUUCUCUGCCGAUUCCACCAAAUUGUUUGUUGCCUUAGAUUGUAGUCGUGUUCAGGUUGUGGAUCUGGUGAUGCUUAAUUCCAAGCAUGCACAUAUUCUCACUCCCAAAUCUGAUUCCCUCGAGCCUGCCUGCCUGUUGGCAGUGAGUGCUGAUGGCAACUGGCUGGCAGCUGCAAAUUAUGCCUGUGAAAUCAACAUCUAUAACUUGAAGCAGCUAAAGAAUCACUGCACAGUUCCAGUCUAUAAUCAUCUCCCUACUGCUAUUGCCAUUAAUCCACACACCAACAAUCUGAUUACUGUCCACACAGAUCACCAGAUUUUUGAAUUCAGCAUCAGUGAGAAAAAAUACACUGAGUGGAGUCGUGCACUGCAGCAACAGGGAUUGCAUCAACACUGGCUUGAACGGGAUACGCCCGUCACACAUGUGACUUUUAAUCCUAAAGUAACGACACAGAUUAUCCUUCAUGAUACAUACAUGUUCUGCAUUAUUGACCAGUUGCUGCGUCUCCCAAAUGAACAAUCAAACCUUCAUAACCAGCAGACCCUGAAACGUCUCUCUAGAAAAGCCCGCAAAGUUGAGGAACAUGCAUUCAAAAUUUGUAAGAAAUUCAAGCCUCUGAUGCAUGUUGAACUUCUGUUUGAUGGUUCUCUUGUGGUGGUGGAACGUCCUGUGAUGGAGAUCAAUGCACAACUGCCUGCACCUGUCCGACAGAAGAAAUUUGCCACAUAAAUGAAUUGAGUUGCUGUCGGUUCCUUUUGUUAUGUUUUUUCAAGAUCUUUCAGAUUGCUCCCUAGAUUAUCCUUUAAACCUUAUAAUGGAGUUACAAACUUGUAAUUUUUUAUUUGAAAUAAAUGCUGUGUCAAACUUAAAUAAGGUGUCAGGCCACUGGCAAAUAUUGAUUCACUUUGUCUUCCCACUUCCCACAAAUGGCCUGGAUUUAAUCGAAAUGAGCAAGG